UAAUCCAUGAAAAACCUUAGGAUCGCGAUCCAGGACGAAGCUGUGAAGAUGCAUGUCGGGGGCAUAACAGUGGAUCCCAAUUGGUUCCUGCAAUUGAUAAUCACUCUCUUCAUCGUAGCGUUCGCGGUGCUUUAUUUGAUCAAGAAUACAGCGUCGAAGUACUUCGAAGUCAACGCCAAUUUCGAUAGGGAUCAAACCAUGACUGCGAUUCCGAUGGAUUCCGGUCGGAUUUCUUGCGCCAUCUGUGGGAAUCACAGCACCAAGGUCUGCUCUCGUUGCCAAUCAGUUCGUUAUUGGGAUCAAAUCAUGACUGCGAUUUCGAUGGAUUCUGACCGGCUUUCUUGCGUCGUCUGUGGGAAUCACGGCACCAAGGUUUGCUCUCGUUGCAAAUCAGUUCGUUAUUGCUCGCCAGAAUGCCAACGGACACACUGGAAUUCUGGGCAUCGGACAGAAUGUAAAUUAAAUUCAUCGGCGGCAGCAAGAACUAAAAAGUAAUCUGGAAUUGCACUUGUACCCGCGAAACAUCAAAGAUUAUCAAAAAGCCAAGAAAGGUAUUGGAUGUGGCCAGAAUAACUAAAACCUUUAACAUUCGGAAAUGAAUUGGUGAUUCACACUUAUAUUUUCAGGUUCUUUUUCCAUAUGAUGAGUUUCUAAAACUUUUCAACUGGGAAAAGCCAGGAUUCCCAAUUGGGUUACUUGCAGUGUGAACACGGUUUAGCAAUUGCUUGCUUGCACAAGACACCCAAUUGACUAGCAAUUUUUAGCAUAUUAGCAGGGUUUUUGAACAUCUAAGCAAUGUAUAGCAUAAACAUUUUAGAGAUCU